GAAAUACAGAAAUAUCUUCAAAUUAUUAAAUUUCAUAACAAUGAUCGUGUCUCGAGGUCGCGCUGUGUUUUGUUUUGGUAAGUAACUCGAACGUUUCAGUCGAGUUAACGACCGCGAAGCGAGCGCACGUGUUGAGAAAACUUUCCUUUCCAUUUAUGAAAACGAUUAUUUUUAUAACGCCAAUCUUUUAACCGUGGAAAUAAAUUACGCGCAACAUUCUUUAAUAGCUUUUUAUCGCGAUUCACGAGGACUUCAGACUUCUCUAAAUAAAGCUAAGUCUUUCCAUUGUUAUCCUUCGAGCCAGAUGUAUCCGAUUACUUUUGCCAAAAGGAAAAUUCAUUCCAGAAUUCGAAAGUUCAUUUUCAUAGACAGUGGUUCGAGAAAUACAUUGAUCCUCAAUUUCAACGUCGAGGAAUAUCGAUGCAACUUCUGCAACUGUCCGUACUCCUCUCAAAGCCAUUUGAAGAGGCAUUUGACCAGAGGUUGCUUCAUGGAUCCCUCGUUCAGGAUCGAGGAAAGGCGUACGAUGAAUCGAAUCGAGUCGAGGAACCACGUUUGCCCAAAGUGUUCCCAGGGGUACAAGAACAAGAGGACACUGGACACGCAUUUGCGGACAGUUUGCGGCCGAGAACCGAAAUUUCAUUGCCCCUAUUGCGGCCUCAGGAGCAAACAUCCGCCUAACAUUUACACUCACAUCAGGCGUAGACACAAGGGGGAGGAUUUGUUCUUAAUUGUCGACAAAGAUCAACGAUGUUGAAGUCGUAUCGUGCUUCAUCGAUCUCUACUUUUGUUAAUCCCCCCCUCCCCUUCUCAUGUUUGGUAUAAUAUCGAUAUUUUUCUUUUUCUUUUGGGUACAAUAAAUAGAGUGUUUCGUCUUCUCUCCUGAUUUUAUUCCUUGCGUCGUU